AUUAAAGAUGGCGCACCCGUGCGAGCUAAACAUUUUAUGCGAUAAAAAUUCGGGCAAUAAUGUUGAAGACAGGGUUAAAAUGGCAUUGUCUUUGGGAUAUGAAGUUAUUGUCAUGAACAACUUCAUACCUGAAUUUUAUACAAAGAAAAAGAAGAAGGGACAAGAGAAGACAGUACCUGUUCCAGAGGCAUCAGAAAUAAAGAUACCAGAGCAUAUAUGGAAAGAAUUUAAAAAGAGAUACAAGAACAUCCAGCAGUGUACAAGGUUUACCACAGUGAUAACUGAUGCUGCACAGAUGCAUGGUCUAACCAAGCAGAAGGAGCUCAAAGGUUAUGAUAUAACUGCUGUACAACCCACGACAGAGAAAUUAUUCCAUAAUUGCUGCACAUCUGAUGAUGUGGACAUCAUUACCUUUGAUAUGACUGAGAAGAUACCAUUCAAAAUAAAAAGACCAUCUAUAAAUAAGGCACUGGAGAUGGGUAUCCAUUUUGAGCUUACGUAUUCCCCUGCAAUACGAGAUCCAACUCUGAGGAAACACUCUAUCAGGAAUGCCAUCAAAAUACUCACUGUAUGUAAAGGGAAGAAUGUGGUGCUAAGCAGUGGAUGUGAAAGGGCUGUGGAGCUCAGGGGACCAAGUGAUGUGGCAAAUCUAGGUAUUUUGUUUGGAUUAAAUGAAGCCCAAGCCAAGGAAGCAGUCUCCUCACGGUGCAGAGCUGUCCUCCUUCAUGCAGAAGCGAGGAAGACUAUCAGGGGAACAGCAGUUAUGAAGGUCACUCCUGUAGUAGACAUUUCUCAGAAACUUCAGUCUAGUACAGAAAGUCAGAAGAACAGUUUACAGACUACUUCUGAACUGAUGCCUGAUGAAUCAGAUAAAUCUGAUUGCAAUGGCCUUAAAGAGGACAGGAGGACUGGCAAUGUUAGUGAAAGUUCAUUUAGAAAGCGUUUACAUGAGAAAGACACAGACUUUCAGUUUGAAGACACAGUAUCCUCUGUGUCAAAGAAAUCCAAAACUGUUAAUGUUGUAGAUUCCUGAUACUUCAUGUGUAUGUACAAU